AUGGGUUCACAAAUUGGAAGAUUAAUUAGCAUUGAUUUUGCUAUUCAAUUUAUCGGAUGGAUUAUUUCAGCUAAAUUUCGAACGGAAAAAUUUUUCGAUUUAACUGGUUCGUUAACAUUUAUUUUAUUAACUUAUUUAAGUCGAAAUAAAACUCAAUCAACUCUUCGACAAAAUAUUCAAUGUUCUUGUAUAUUUCUUUGGGCAAUAAGAUUAGGUACAUUUCUAUUUCGUCGAAUAUUAAAAAGUGGUCAAGAUUCACGUUUUGAUCGUAUACGUAAUUCUCCAUCAAAAUUAUUUAUAACAUGGUUUAUGCAAGGUAUUUGGGUAAUAAUAACACUUUUACCAUCACUUUAUCUUAAUCAAAAGCAAAUUGACAAACCAUUAACAAAAAAUGAUUAUAUCGGUUGGAGUAUUUGGCUAUUUGGUUUUGUUUUAGAAGCCGUAGCUGAUAGACAAAAGUCAACAUUUAGAAAUAAUCCUAAUAAUAAAGGGAAAUUUACUAAUAUCGGUCUUUGGAAAUAUUCUAGACAUCCAAAUUAUUUCGGUGAAAUUUGUGCAUGGUUCGGUCUUUAUAUUUCUUCAUCACAUAUGCUUUCUAAAUAUGAAAAAUUAUUUGGUUUACUUUCACCAAUAUUUGUAACAUUUAUAUUAUCAUUUGUAAGCGGAAUUCCAAUAUUAGAAAAACAAGCAAUGAGAUUAUAUGGCAAUGAUCCUGCUUAUCGUGCUUAUCGAAAUCGUACACCAGUUCUUAUUCCAUUUGUUAAUUUUCCUCGUAUUUAA